AUGAGCGGUGACAGCUUUAGCAGCACCUGUCAUCUCGUCAGUAAAAACAUCACGUGUGACGCAAAUGAGAUACUUCCUCACCUCAUCACUCAGCCUUUAUAAUAAAGUCAUCAGCUCUGAUUGUUUAAUGUAACAGCAGACAGAGGACACAGACCCAGGGAUGUCUACGAUGUCUCUCACAGCCUCGUUGCUUGUGUUGACAUUGCUUUCACAGAGCUGGAGCGCUCCGCAGAGGAUAAGCUGGACUCCCCAAGCGAUCCUGUACCUGAAGGGUUCACAAGGACACCGCUCAGUGUUGGAGCGCACCAGCAGAGAGGAUGCUGCUGCCUCACAUUCAGUGAGUCUGAACCAGGGCAGCGAUGGACGGGGUCGGUCUCUGGCUUCAUCCAUCCUGCUGGAGCUGCUGCAGCUGGCUGUUGACGAAGAUGAAGGAAAUCCAGAUGAUGACCCAGACGAUCAAGAGCUGUAUAUUAACUAUUUGUGAAGAAGUGAACUGUUGUCUUUGUAUUUUUGUCACUUGCUGCUGUUAUUUUAUUGUAAUUAACCGCCCAAUGUAAAGUUGCCUCGUCUGUGAGGGAUUU